AUGGAAAAGCUUUGGGUGGGAGAGCCGAAUGUGGAGCCAAUUACAGAGAUUCUAACAGAAAUAGCUAAAAGAAAUGGAUCAAUUGAAGAGUUGUCAAGCUCUUUCAAAUUAGAUUUUGAUGAUGAAUCUGUAUUUGAAUUAUUGAAUAUAAGAAAAGAAAGCCCAACUCCACUUCAGGUCGAAACUCUUAGUGUCAAAUUACCAGACGAAAAUAGAGGAAGACAUAUUUAUGAGGCAUUAGAGAGUCAAAAAUUUAUCAAAACUAUUGAAUCAGAACCAAUUGGUUAUGGAUUGAAGGCUGUGGAAAUUGAAAUGACAUUAACCAGAUCUAAACUUUUCAAAAUUCUAACAAAAUUGAAAGAUAUAGAGAUAUUGUGCCUCAAUAUUGAACAUCAGGAAUACCAAUACACAGUGGGUGGUUUGGGAAGGGGAAAAGGAGGUGUUCGUAUACCUAUUAUUGAUAACAUUACAGAGGAUAGAAAGGAAGCAUUUGACGAAACUUUUGCCUACAUACCUAUAUUUUAUAAUCUAAAGACAUUAAGAGUAGACAAGUACUUUAAUGAUACUUGCUGUAUUUUUGAUAUACUUGGAUUGUUUCCUAACCUGGAACAUUUCUAUUUGAUUAGUUCUACAUCUGUUGAUGACGAUCAAUUAGAAUUAAUUUGCAAAUUCUGUCCAAAAUUGAAAACACUUGAUAUUGCUAGUGACGAUGGCUCAACUCAAAUAGAAUUAGACAUUACAGAUGAAGGUCUGUUAAAAUUCUUAGAAAAACAAUCAAGUAUUGAAGUAAUAGAUUUAGAACCUGUGUCAUGUAUUACUGGUGCCAUAUUGAAAAAACUUGGAGACUUCCUAACAUUGAAAAGUUUUAGAGCACAACGAGUUUGGUAUGAGGGUGGAUACGAAGAGCAAGACGAAGAUGUCUAUUUUGGAGGAAAUCCAAAUCCAAAAUUGGAAUAUAUAGAUAUUGGUUCUGGGUAUACUUUUAAUGAUGAACAAUAUGAAAAAUUAUUGAGCUCUUUGAAAGCUGUUGCACCAAAUAUAAAAAGCUUUGGAGAAUUUGGAGAAUUAGAUUCAAAGAAAUCCAAAAAGAUUGUAGAAUUAUAUAUCAAUACUUUAGAAGAGAUUGAAAUCAAUUCAGGCACAUUCGAUUUAAUUCAAUCAUGUGCCAAUUUGAAGAAAGUAAUAUUGGAUAGAGUUUUGGAUAAACAAGACAAGAAGAUUGGAUCUAACUCGAAUGUAACUGAACUGGUUAAUUAUUGUUGCAGUCAUGAAAUGUAUCCUCUUCUCACAGAAUCAUUUCCCAACUUGAAAGUUAUUGAAAGCACUGAUUUAGGUCUCUUCAAUUUUUUACUAGAAAACAUUAAUUGUUGGCCGCAACUUGAAUAUCUAAAUCUACAAACUGAGCCUACACUCGACCUAUUAGAAGUACUAAUUUCUCAAAGACCAAAGCUUGCUAUUGUACUACAGGAAGAUCAUAACUUCUCAAAGAUUGGACUGAUUGAUCAACGAAAAGAAGAGCAACAAUGA